AUUAAACAAAAAUUCGGGAAUUUCUUCCGUCUGCUUUCUCCAUCAUCAACAUCCGGUCAAGAAAGCCUCUCUCUCUAUAUAUAUAUAAAUUUAAUCUUGUAACUAGCGUCGGGAGAUCGUAGAACAGAGGAGGUGACUUCUUCUUCUUCUCCAAGAUAUCAGAAGCUAUAUUUUGAGCCAUGAGCACAGCGACCAGGCCUUCCUCUUCGACAGCGACAACAACCUCUGUCAUCUUAGAAAACCCUGUUUCUCAGUCCCAACCUACAGAGAGAUUAGUGCUUCGGCUGAACAGGAUAAAGAAGAAAGUCUCGUGGAAAGACGGGACUGUUGAUAACGAGUUCAUGCAGAAGAAGAGUUCCAAGAAGUGUUGUAUCUUUCACAAACAGAAGCCCUUUGAUGAGGAUGACAGCGAAGAAGACGAAGAUGAUCAUCACCAUCAUCACCAUGAACACUGCGAAUCUGGUGAGGCCUCUUCGUCUAACGAUUCUAAAGCAGUUGACUAAUCAGUUGAGGUUGUUCACAUCAUAAUAUAGAUAUAUAUUUGAAGCUUUAUUAUACUAGACCAUGGAAGAACACUGAUUGGCUUCAUUAGUAUGCGUGCAUGUAAUUUUGCACAUUGCUAAUGAUAUUAUUAUUAUUAUUCA